UUGGUUGACUUCCAAAUACUAUCUCAUUUUCAUUCAAAAUCGAGCUAAGCAUAAGCAUGGCAGCCUAUGGAGCUCUAGUUUCUCUUAUGCAUAUCAUAGAUACUCUUGAGAAACAUCCUUCCCCUCCCAUUUCUAUAGAUCAAAAACAAGUUCAAUCUCUCACUCAAACUGUUACCUUCUUGCAAGAAUUUCUUGAUGGUUAUAUUUCCCCUGUUAUUGCUGAUGGCUAUGAAGCCGAUCCAUUGGAGCUUCGCAUUGCUGAUGCAGUUUAUGCAGCUGAGGAUGUUAUCGAGUCUCAAAUUGUGCUUCAAAUUGACAAGCGAUCCACAAUCGUUGAAGAUCCUGACUUCUACCAAGAUCUGCAGAAAGUGAUAGAAGAAAUGGAUCUGAUCAAGAAAGAUGUGUCGAAGAUUGCAAUCCAAGCUCAGCCGCAGCAAAAACGCGUUGCUGACUCGACGACUUCUUCCAUUGUGAAGGAAAACAUGAUGGUGGGCUUCGGAGAAGUGUUUCUUGAAGUCUUGGACAAGCUAACCGGAGAUCAACUCAAUCGCCAAAUCAUCCCCAUCAUGGGGAUGGGUGGCAUUGUUGAGAUUUGGAAAUUGCAUCAACUUCGGCAUCUGGUGUUUAAUGGGACUCUCCCAGAUCCUCCUAGUGAUGACAAUGACACUGUUAUCCUGGAGAAUUUGCAAACACUCAAAAAAGUGCAUGCUUUGUGUUUGAAUGAGGAGGUGGUUAAAAGAAUUCCCAAUGUCAAGAAAUUGUCUCUACGCUAUCAUGAACAAAUGGAGGAAGAAAAGCGCAUCAGUCAUAUUCAGUGUUUGCGUAAAUUGGAAAAUUUACAUUGCUACACCAGCUAUGCAGGUGGGGAAUGUUGGCAGUGGAUUAGGUUCACACACUCCCUCAAGAAGUUGUCAGUUGAGGUCUCUUCUCAUCAGGAGGUUGACAAUAUCAUGUCUGAAAUCGGUCCGUUGCCCUUCUUCAGAAGCUUGUAUUGAAAGGUGGUUUUUUCAAGACUGGCAAGUGGGAAACAAUUGAAGGCCAAUUCCCAUGCCUCAAAUUUCUACAGUUGGAGGGUAGUAAUCUAAAAGAAUGGAUUGUGUCUGACAAUUCCCACUUUCCACUUCUCGAGAAGCUUCAUCUACACUUUUUACAUUGUCUGGAGGAGAUUCCAUUAGAAGUUGGAGAAAUAACAACGCUCAAAUCGAUUGUUAUCGUACAUUGCACUGUAUCAGCAGUGAUGUCGGCUAAAAAGAUAGUAGACGAACAAGAGGAAUUAUAUGGAGACCAACUAGACCUUCAUGUUGUAGCUGCUAUUUGGAUUGAAGAAGAAGGACUAAGGUUGAAGAGCUUAGCAAAUGCCAACUUUGAAGUUCUAGUGGCAGGUAAUUAGAGUGUUUGGGUGUUUGAAGAAUUGAAGAGUACUCUUGGGCUUCACUUCCUCAAGAGCACUGAACCAGAGUUUCUAUUUUGUAACAUUUGCUUCCUUGUUUUUAGUCAUAUAUGUAACAUUCACCUCACUGAUUUUGAUGGCUACGAUAAGAGAAAGUGCAACUCGAUCGGUGUAGCAUGUGUUAAAACCAGUUUCUCUACAAAAGAUUUCACUAGGAAUAAUGAGGAUGAGGAUGUGUACAAAAGAUUUCACUAGGAAUAAUGUUAGGAUUUUAUUUCAUGUGUUUGCUAAUUGCCACUGACUUAAUAUAUGAUAUCUACAGCCAAGAAAUUACCAUGGGGCCUUUUCA